AUGGCAGACGAUGCAGACAUGUCGAGUGAGUGGACUCGAAUCACCCAUGAACUGUUAUUCAACUAUGCUCUACAAGCAGCUCCACUUGUCCUUCUCUACUACGACUAUUUUCUGACGCUUGGCGACGAGGUCGAGAACUAUUGGCCACCGCGUCGUGCUUUGACGUGGCUGUCUGGACUUUUCCUCGGAACACGAUACUUUACCCUUCUCGCAUGUGGUCCCGUCCAAUACUAUCAUGCUUUCUUGGAACUGGUUCUUCAGAUACCUAUCGGACUGUUAUGUGCACUGCGUGUGUAUGCUUUGUACUCGAAAGACCGGAGAAUACUCGUCGGGCUCCUUGUCUUGGGGGCCAUCCUUACGGGCGUCAUCCUAUACAUGGUGACAACAUUCGAUACUAACAUACCCGUCUUCUACUGGUCGAGAGCCCCUCUAUGCGGGAAUGCACGCUCAAGAGUUGAUGGCAUACGGUUUGCCAUCGUUUGGGGGGCCGUGCUGCUCUUCGACCUCAUCGUAUUCAUUCUCACUGCUCUUCGCGCGUUCAAAGUAUGGAAGUCAGGCCGCAUCGUGCAGGUAGUUCUCAGAGACGGUGUGCUGUACUUUUGCGCAUUAUCUGCUUCGAAUAUCGUCAACAUCGUGGUGCUCGUUGUUGUGACUCCGCUCCUCAAGACAGUAUUCGCCUCUCUCACGAACAUCCUCUCCGUUGUCCUGAUCUCGCGCCUGAUGCUCAAUCUUCGCUCAGACACAGUCUCCAGUUCUGAUGUCUUCCCCGAAGAUACGGAACUCACCGUCGCCUCUGCGAGCCUCGAUACCAACAUCCUGGUGUCCGAGGGGCGAUCAGACCCAACGGUUCCCCGAGCUACGUAG